GUUCACUUCCCAAUUCCCGCUUAAUUUUUUUGUCAGUUCGGGAAUAUUCACUCCGUUAGAGUAGUGUAGUGUGGUGGCAACCAGGUGCAACUAAGAAUAAUUCGAUACUAUUCACGGUGUCAGAACAGUUACGAGAAUUUCAACCGAUCGCGAUGCAAGACACAAAGAGAUUACAGGAGUUUAUGGAGUUGGUCGGUCGGCUGAAGCAUAUGAAAAGGACGGGAUGGGUAAAACGGAAUAUAUCUGAUCCUGAAACAAUUGCUGGACACAUGUACCGUAUGGCAAUGUUAUCGUUCCUAGUGGACGGAAAAGAAAAAUUAGAUAAAAUCAAAAUAAUGCAGAUGACAUUAAUUCAUGACCUAGCUGAAUGUAUUGUGGGAGACAUAACACCUUAUUGUGGCAUACCACCAGAUGAAAAACAUAGAAUGGAAGAUGAAGCUAUGGAAGACAUUUGCAAGCUGCUAGGUGAUAAGGGACCUGAAAUAUUACAAAUAUUUCGUGAAUAUGAAAAGCAGGAAUCUCCUGAAGCGCAGUAUGUUAAAGACUUAGAUAGAUUAGAUUUGCUGAUGCAAGCAUACGAAUAUGAAAAAAGGGACAACAUUCCGGGAGAACUGAACGAAUUCUUUGUCGCGAUUAAUGGCAAGAUUAGACAUCCUGUUAUCAAUAAAAUCGCUAUUGACAUCACCGAGGAGAGGGACAAGUUUUGUCGUAAUAUAAAUGUCUCGAAAUAGCAAAAGGUACUAAAUAUUUGGUAAAGAAAAUUUAGAAGCUUAGAAGAAAUAUGAAUAUUUAUCAAAACACUUUAGCACUUUUAUGAGCAGUUUUGCUUCUACGAAAUAUAUAUACAUAUAAUCACUGCCAUUCUAUUCUUAUAAGUGUAUAUAAGAGACUCCAAUUCUAUAAAUUUGUUGACAAUUCGCUUUUGUGUUGCUUUAGAGCAAUUACUUUUUUUUAAUUCUUCAUUUUGUUCAAGAAUAUAAUAUAUAUUUCAAUACAUAUCUCAUGCAAAUCAAUGUAUAUAAUUUAUUUUCUUGUAUCUUCCACUUAUUGUAACAAGUUAAUGUAAAAUAGACUUUUAUAAUUCAAAAUUUUAUGGUUUGAGCAAAUUUCUUAUUUUAAAUUAUCUGUUUUUAAACAAUAAUUUAUUCAAUGCUUACAUUUUGUAUCAAUUUUUUUCCGAUCAGUUUUAUGACUUAAAUAUUGAACACGUAUCACAUAGAAUAAUACGUUGGUUAUAUCGAUGAUCCGAUUAAUUUACUGAUGCAUGAAAACAUGAACCGUGAUAUUCAUCUGUAUUAUCCGUAUUGGUACAUGCACCACCUAGUAUAUAUUUUUUUGUUGCAUAUAACAUACACAUACUUAUCUUGCAAAUUUGUAUGAAUAUUUAACAAUAUUCAUUCAGUCAUGCAAAUGCGUUAGAAUUAUAUCUUAUAUGCGACAUAUUAUGUACAAAUGUAUAUAGAUAUCUGAAACACGAAAAA